UCCUUCACCGUCGAUCGCGAGGAGGGUUCGGUUAAUCGGGAUUGGCGACCCGUCUACCCGAAUUUCGUCCACGCGGAUGAACGCGGCCGACGCAUCGAUUCCUGGGAGGAACCGAUACGGGCCGGGCCCGAAGAAAACCGCUCCGCGCGAUCUGGAGAGGCAGAUGGCGAACGUGCGGCGGAAGCUGAACGCGGCGGCGAGUUGGGACGGGAGCCCGAUCCGGGCCCGGCCCAGGCCCGCCAGGCCCAUCGCGCCGCGGGCGAGGCCCGCGAGGAGGAAUGUUGGGGCACACGAGAAUAUGAGUCGAGGCACGGUGGUGUUCGGGCCGAGGGCCGACCCGUCGGUGGACGUCAGGGAGACUGUGUCCUCGGCGAGCUCGCCACCGGUGGCGGUUCGGGUGAAAGGGUUGUCGGGGGUUACGCCGCACGUGUCGUUAUUGCAUCCGGGCCGUGGCCCAUUGAAGCAGUCGCCGCACGAGGUGUACCGGGCGAGGGAGCAUUGGGCCGAUCGGCAGCGAACGGGCCGAUAAGAAGAGGAGACGUAGUUAGUGUCGCAAUCGGUCCAGAGGAAGCCGCCUCCGAGGUGGACGGCGAGGUUCACUGGGACGAGCGGCGUGCGUUGGUGGAUUGUGGUGAGGUAUUGGAGGGUAGCGGCAUCUUUUCGCAUUGGGAGGACCAGAGCAUUUGGUCUAAACGAGGGUUGAGCGCGGGAAAUGGAGACGAACAGGAGCAAAGAUGA